GCCUUGUUCUUCCCUGCACACUGUUUCAGAAGUUUUCUCCCUCUCUCUCUCUCUCUCUCUCUCUCUCUCCCCCUCUGUCUGUGUCCAAAAGCCCUAAAUUUCCUUCUAAAUUCAACGAUUUCUCUCUCCUAAUCUCUCUGAAGUUCUUCUAUUUUUCUUCUCUCUUUCUUCCGAGUCUAAAAGCUUCGUUAGGGACUGUUUGCUUGUAGAAUACGAGAAUUGUUUGCGGUAGGCUUGUUGCUGGGGUUUUUGAUUUGGAGCUAUAGGUGUAAACGUGGAUCUCUAUUGGAGUUUAAUCAAUUGAGAUGAGCAUGGAUUCAGAGGUUUACAGUCCAAUGGUUGACGAAGUUAAUGUCGUGGAGGAGGAGUCUAUGAACAGGGCUUGUCCUGGCAAAAAGAACAAGGGUAAAGUUCCAAAAAGAGUACAAAAGUCAGAGAGGGAGAAAUUGAAGCGGGAGCAUUUGAAUGAUCUUUUUUUUAACCUGGCCAAUGUUCUUGAACUGAGCCAGCAGAACAAUGGAAAGGCGUCUAUAUUGAAUGAAGCUACACGACUAUUAAAGGACUUGGUAGGCCAGAUUGAGUGCCUAAAGAAGGAGAAUGCAUCUCUCUUUUCCGAAUCUCACUAUAUGACCAGUGAGAAGAAUGAGCUGAGGGAGGAAAAAUCUGCCCUAGAAAAUCAGAUUGAGAAACUGCAGAGCGAGCUAGAAGCCAGGGUUGCCCAGUCGAAACCUGACCUAAAUGCACCACCUCCUGAUGAAUAUUCGCAACUGGAACUCACAUCACAUCUUCCAGCAAACUGUCUCAAACUGCGUGCUGCAGAAGCCUCAAUGCAGGGGUCACCUGCGGUCUUUGUCCUCCCCAUCCAUCCGGAUCCCCAAGCUUAUUUAUUGUCUGAUGUUUCCCAACUGACAUCUAAGCCUAACUCAAAUGUGAGUAAACCACAUGCCAGAUAUCCCACUCCAGCAGAUUUGUGGCCAUCCGAACUUAUUGCGGAGCAGCCAACAGUAAGGAAAGGGUUUCAUCUAAGUAGUAGCAACCCCAAGGUUGGCACUAUAGGGGAAGGUGAUGCCGAGAACAUUUAAACCUUCUCCUGCUCACUAAUAUGAAGCUGUGAAUUUCAUGACCGAAUUUUCGCGGAUGAAGAUUUUCUACAAUAGUCUGUUCCAAACGCUUUCUACAAUUCGGAGAGAUAAGAUACAAUAUGUGGAUUACAUGGUAUUAAAUGAUGUUUAUGGACGGUGUAGACCUCAACAUCAAAUAUUGUGGAAUCUACAUAUUGUAUCUCACUCUUCAAAUUGUAGAGAAUGUUUGGUACAGAAAAUUGUACCUAAGUCAAUUGGUGAUACCCAUUUGGAGGGUUAUGUAUCAAUAUAGACAAGGGUGAUUAAUGUAGGGUUCCUCGAGUGAAUUGGCCGAUGUUUGAUCAUUAAUGUGUAGUGUAGGCAAGACGGGUGGUGGUUGCCUGGUUGGUAACCAAUGCAUAGCAAUCAGAAACAACUUUAUAGUUGGGUAGACUAACUUGAUUCAUGAAAAGUCUUAGUCUAUUGAUCCAUUUCCAACCCUCAAGGCAAAUGGAGAAUUCUUGCAUUUUUCUCUUCUCACACAUUUGCCACUUGUACAAGAAAAGAAAGGAUUUGGCUUAAGCGUAGGACCAUUAAUUUUUUAGAAAUGCUAUAAGGAAGUCUUAUACCAUACAUUUUCACCUAA